UUACAUACAUCCACGGAGGUCCUUGUGGACGAACGUUGCACUCGCUUCCAUCUUAACCACCACCACCUCCAUUGUCUAUCUGUGGCACUUUAACCGCCACAAGAACAGAUAUUUAAUCGCGCAUAUAUUUCUACAAUUUACAUAUCCUACUAUCUGUAAUAUCCCAAUGUCCAACCCACCCCUCCGCAGAUCGGCUCGCGCAGCCUCACAAAAACCUGAGGAACCCAAAGCCGCAGCUAUCAAGGCCGCUGUUGCAAAGACAACCGCAGCCAAAGCCGAGAAAUCUACCCGACCUGUUGCGCGCACACCCAGUCGCACCAAGAAGCGUGCUGUCUCUCCGGAAGGGUCUCCACCGCCCGCCAAGCGCUCCCGGUCUAGGGCUGGCGUAUCCGAUGCAGAGGAUGCUAAAAAGCUCCCUACCAAGAAAGUCCCGGUCACGACCGCGCCCAAAAAAGUUACCAAGCAAACGACCUCAAAUAGUCUCACGCCUGUUCACGAGCAGAAAGCAUAUUUCAACCCUUUGCCUACCCCUAAUGAUCACUCUCGACCUGCUUAUCAACUCUUUGUCUGGGGCGCAGGGAACUUUGGUCAGUUCGGAUGGGGUUCCGACCAACUCGGGGAAUUCGCUACUCCAAAGCGCAAUACGUGGUUUGAGAAAAAGAUGGAACAAGGUGUCUUCGGCGGGGAAGGUGCCGGCCUCGAGGCCGUUGCUGCAGGUGGUCUCCAUACCCUAUUCAUUGAUGAAAAAGGAACUGUGUGGUCAUGCGGUGUGAAUGAUGAUGCAGCACUAGGACGUGUCACCAAGGAUAUUCCGGAUCCAGAUAACCCUGAAAAGUUUAUCCACAUUGACGAGCUUACAGCUGUCCCAUAUCCUCUUCAGUCACUCGUCGAUGAGGGAUUCCGCGCGGUCAGGAUUGCUGCUGGUGAUAGUAUUUCCGCCGCUAUCAGCGAUAAAGGCGAACUUCGGGUGUGGGGUUCUUUCCGCGCUGCAGAAGGCUCCCUGGGCUUUUCUGGCGACGUGCGACUAGAAUUCCUUCCGAAAGCGAUAUUAGAUUUACCCACAAAAGCAGGCGAUGCUGAGAAGGCCGCCUCCGUUGUGUCAGGUAACAAUCAUCUUCUCGUGUUAACUACACACGGGAACGUCUACGCGUGGGGCGCUGGAGAGCAGGGCCAGCUCGGUCGCAAAAUUCUCGAACGUCGUAAGAUCCACGGCACAGUCCCCGAAAAAAUCACCCUUGGUACCCGCCACAAUCGUGCAGCGUUAGUUGGCGCAGGAAAUUAUCACUCGUUUGCCAUCGACGAAGAGGGCGACGUCUGGGGUUGGGGCUUGAAUACCAUGGGUCAGACAGGCACCGGCGUUGCGGAACCGAAGUCGAUGUCCGACGAAGUGCGGUCACCAAGAAUCAUCCGGUCGCUUUGCAAGAGGACUCUUGGUGACUCAGUCGUGCAGAUCGCAGGCGGUGAACAUCACACUCUUUUCCUGACCUCAUCUGGCAAGGUGUAUGCCUGCGGUCGAUGUGAUGGUGGUCAGCUCGGUAUCAGCGACGAGGUCGAGGAAUACGCUUCACGCAAGAACCCGGAUUUCGUGCCAGAACCUAUGUUGGUUUCAUUCCCAGACACCGAUGAUCCCAUCGUGUUUAUUUCUGCCGGCACACACAAUAACAUGGCUAUCUCUCAUGCAGGUGCACUGUACGCAUGGGGAGAAGAGUCUCAAGGAGAGUUGGGUGUUGAUGAGAAGGAGGCCAAGACACCUACAGUGGUGGUUCGUAGGGAUGGUGGCAAGUGGAGGGCAGGGAGCGUUUCUUGCGGUGGUCAGCAUACUCUUGGGAUGUUCAGCAAGAAGGACUAGCUUGAUUUCGCCAUCACCCUGAUAUCAACUAUACAUUGCAUUUUACCCACCUUUGUUGUGUUACUGUACACAUGCUCCGAUCCACGAAUUGUGGACCGAUUGCUGCUUUUUUGCAUACAUGCUCGGCCAUCUAGACACCACCUUGCAUUCGACUCGUAAUGUAUCAUCGUUGUUCGCACCACAAAUAAUAUACAUUGUUCAUCAGAA